UUACUAAAAAUCGAGAAAUUUUACAUCUUUUUGGUUGAUUAUGGCUAAUAAUUCGAAGAAAGAUUUGGAUCGGAUCAAAGGUCCGUGGAGCCCCGAUGAAGAUGAUAUGCUUCAGCAACUCGUUGAAAAGCAUGGCCCAAGAAAUUGGUCGCUAAUCAGCAAAUCCAUACCCGGUAGAUCCGGAAAAUCUUGUCGGUUACGGUGGUGCAACCAGCUGUCGCCGCAGGUGGAACACCGUGCGUUUACGCCGGAGGAGGAUGAGACGAUCCUCCGGGCACAUGCCCGGUUCGGUAACAAAUGGGCUACGAUAGCCCGGCUUUUGUCGGGUCGGACCGAUAACGCCAUUAAGAAUCACUGGAACUCGACUUUGAAACGGAAAUGUUCGUCGAUGACGAAUGAGGAGUUUAAUGAGUUUGCGAUCCAACAACCGUUGUUAAAACGGUCGGUUAGUGCCGGUUCGGCCGUUCCGGUUUCGGGUCUUUGUUUGAAUCCGGGUAGUCCAACGGGAUCCGAUAUCAGCGAUUCAAGCGUGCCUGCGUUGUCGUCAUCGCACGUGUAUCGGCCGGUUGCUAGGGCGUGUGUUACCGCCGGUCCGCAGAUCGACGUUGGAAUGACGUCGCCUCCGCGUCCUCCACCGCAACCGCCGGUAAACGAUCCUCUGACGUCGUUGAGUCUUUCACUUCCCGGAGUUGAUUCCAUCGAGGAGCCAACGGCGGCUCCGAUGCAGUUAAUGCCGCCGUCUCCGCCAUCUCCCGUUGUUCCAAUACCAGCGAUGCCGUUGCAGCAGGUUCCGGCGAAUCGCAUUCAAGACCUAAACCUAAACAACGACGGAGAGUUGAUGACAACGAUUCCGGCAGCCAUAUCGUCGGCGAUGCAGCAGCUUGAGGUAUCGCCGGCGGAGAAGGCGUUUGAGCCAUUUAGUGCGGAAUUUUUGUCAGUGAUGCAAGGUAUGAUAAGGAAAGAGGUGCGGAAGUAUAUGAGAGGUCUGGAGCAAGGAGGAGGGGGAAUGUGUAUGCAACAGGCCAGCAAUGGCGAUGGGUUUGGUAGAGUGACCCGACCCGGGAUAAAGAAGAUCGAUUAGGGUAGUUUUGAAAAGGAGUAGUUGGGAAGGAAAGGGAAAGAGAAAGGAAGAAUCUUUGUUGAUUUCUCCAUCUGUUAAUUUUAUAAAUAUUGAUCUCCGUUCUGCUUUUCUUUUUCUUUUUUUUUUGAAUUAAAAAAAGAAAGAAAUAAAAUUGUACAGAAGGAAGGAGAGACAGAAAAGAGUUAAAUGACGAGGUUUAUAUGAAACUACAACCAAUCAAAUUCUUGUUUUCAUGUUUUUAA